GAACUUUUUACGCCGGCUGGCAAGAAAUUUCUUAUUGCGUUUUAUUUUUGUCAUGAGUAUCCAAGAAAAAUUUCCUGACGUGCACUGGGUUUGGAAAGGAGGCAUCUCCUUCGUCUAUGAGGUUCAUCCUCAAAUCGUGGUUAAAGUUCCAAAAUCCGGGGAGUUCGAACAAGACCAAUUUCAGAAAGAACUCGAGGUUUAUAAGGCCUUCUCGCGGCAUCCACCCUGCCCUUCCAUAGUGCAGUGUUUCUUCUACACUGAUAACGGCAUUUUCCUUGAAUACAUGCGAGAUAUAUCCCUUUGCUCGAGGAUACAAAAUAACCAUGUCAGAGACCAGGAAACUUCGAUAGUCAUUGAAGUGGAGAAUUUAGAGCCUCUGCCCUUACGAAAGGAAUGGAUGAACGAUCUUGCUCAAGCUGUUGCCUUCCUCGAAUCGCUCAACCUCGCUCAUGGCGAUUCACGACCUGAAAAUAUCCUCCUCGACCGAAACCGAAUAAAGUUGUCAGAUUUCGAUUGUACGGCGGAAAUCGGGUCGGAUUUCGAGGCCUGCAUGGCCCCAUAUGGGAGAAUUCUGAACGGCAAUGAGUCUGAUCAAGGGCGGCGGGGAACUUCCGGAUUCCUAGGCCCUCGGACAGAGCAAUUUGCCCUCGGCUCUUUGUUCUACCUGAUAAACUAUGGGUUUGAGGUUUAUGGCGAUCGAUGUCUUACCGAUGACCCAAGGGAGCAUGGACCUAAGCUCGUGGACUUGCUGCAAAACAUGGAGUUUCCUAAGCUAGAUGGUGACCCUCUAAUUGAUGGAAUCAUCGAAAAGUGCUGGCAUAAUCAGUAUAGCUCCAUUGCAGAAUUGGCCGCAUACACAAAGACAAUCCUUGACAGAACCGACGGGAGAUCGACACCGAACCGACCCUCGUCCCGUGGUGGCGCAUAACUGUAGGCCGCGCAACUCGUGGUCUACGGAGUAGUUUCAGACACUUCUGGGUGUAUUUGCAUUUCGCGUGUCAGAAUAUGUUCUAAUAGUGGGCAAAUAGGACAUCUUUUCAUAUACAACACCCCCUAACCUACAUGUUCCGAUGAUUGUUUCACCUCAGCAACUGUGCCUAUACCACUCAAAAGUGAAGAUCCUGACACAAUGCUUUACUGGAUGAGAAAUCCUCUGGCGUGUGGGUUCGAUGUCGCAGUGAUGGCCUUUCUCCCUGGCAUUGGCUGGUUUAAGAGUUGUUGUGUCGCACCAGCGAUGCAACACCAAGAUUGUAAAGCCCCCCGAAUUCAUAUUUGACGUCCUUAAAUCUUCCGUCGAC